CCCUAAGUUUUAUCAUUUCCUUCAAAUAUAUAAAUAAAUAAAUAACCCAUUUUAGUAAAAGAGAGAAAAAAUAAAAUGGGUAUUAGGUCAUUUUGGUGUGUGUUUUUAGUGUUAGCCCUAGUUGUAGUGUUGCAUGCUAACGCAAGAGAAGUACCAAAACCUAAAAAUAUUGAGAAUCAAAAUAACGAGGUAAUAGUAGAUCCUAAAAAUGGUACUAGUGGUACGGGUACUAAACUAGUUGAUACAGACACGAACACGGUUGAUCCAACGAAAGAGGCAGCGGCGAAAGGUGUACCAAAAGAGGGUGGUGAUGUGAAUAGUGAUGAGAAAAACUUUAUCUCAUUUGCAGGAGUUGGAGCAGCUGGAGGGAUUGGUGGAGUUGCCGGUGUUAUCCCUAUUGGUGGUUUAGGUGGUUUCGAUAAGGGGUUCGGGGCUAUGCCCUUUGGUGGCCUUGGUGGAAGUGGUGGUGGACUUGGUGGGCUCGGUGGUGCUGCUGGUGGUCUCGGUGGUGCUGGUGGUGGCCUCGGUGGUGCCGGUGGCGGCCUUGGUGGUGGGGGUGCUGGUGGGGGUUGUACUCCUAGUGCUGCAACUAGUGGGCUUGUACCCCAUCCUUGAUGAAUUAUUAGUAGUUUUAUGGAUGUUUUAGGGGUUAUACUUUUAUGUGUCUCUAGAGUUGAAGGUUAUGUUUUGAGGGUUAGUACGUGGGAAUGUUAAGGUUGUUUUGGUGAAAUUCUAGUUUUUUGUUCAAGUUAAUUUCUAAUCUAAAUGUGUGUGUUUUUUCUAUGCAUGCAUGCACUCGAUCUUUUGCACAUGCAUCUUUGAUUUUGUUUCAUGUAAUUUCCAUUUGUGAUCUUGCAUCAUUGCAUGUAAAUCAAGUACAUUUGGAAUAAAAAUAUUGUUCAGGUUUUACUCGGUGUAA